UGGGUACAGGGAGUCAUGAUCCGUUGCAUGUUAAAUAUCUGGGGGGUGAUAUUGUUCUUGAGGUUGCCUUGGAUUACUGCUCAAGCUGGUAUAGGUCUGACCUGGGUGAUUAUUCUGCUAUCCUCUUGUAUAACUGGGAUCACUGGUCUCUCGACCUCAGCAAUCGCUACCAACGGCAAGGUCAAAGGAGGUGGGACAUACUUCCUGAUCAGUCGCAGCCUCGGUCCAGAGCUGGGUGGAUCCAUCGGUCUGAUUUUUGCUUUUGCUAAUGCUGUAGCUGUGGCCAUGCACACUGUGGGCUUUGCUGAGACUGUUAGAGACCUCAUGUCUGAAAAUGGAGCUGUCAUGGUGGACCGAACCAAUGACAUCCGCAUCAUUGGCAUCAUUACUGUCACAUGUUUACUAGGUAUCUCAAUGGCUGGCAUGGCAUGGGAGUCAAAGGCCCAAAUCCUGUUCUUCCUGGUCAUCAUGGUGUCAUUUGCCAGUUACAUUGUUGGAACAAUCAUACCUGCUUCACCAGAGAAACAAGCCAAGGGUUUCUUUAGCUACAAAGCGGAAAUCUUUGCCGCGAAUUUUGUGCCUAAUUGGCAGGGACCAGACGGCAGCUUCUUUGGCAUGUUCUCCAUUUUCUUCCCCUCUGCCACUGGCAUCCUGGCAGGAGCUAACAUCUCUGGAGAUCUGAAGAAUCCAACAGUGGCCAUUCCCAGAGGAACAAUGAUGGCAAUAUUCUGGACCACUAUGUCCUACCUCAUCAUCUCUGCAACCAUUGGAUCCUGUGUGGUGAGGGAUGCAUCUGGCGGGUUAAAUGACACUCUAUUACCGUCCUCAUCUGGGGUUUGUCUUGGUGAAGCUUGUCAAUAUGGAUGGGACUUCACAGAAUGUAUCACCAAUAAAACAUGCACCUACGGCAUCAGUAACUACUAUCAGUCGAUGAGCAUGGUGUCAGCCUUCGCCCCUCUCAUCACUGCUGGUAUAUUUGGAGCAACAUUGUCCUCUGCUUUGGCCUGCCUGGUGUCUGCUCCCAAAGUCUUUCAGUGCCUAUGUAAGGACAAACUCUACCCUUUCAUCGGCUUCUUUGGCAAAGGUUACGGCAAGAAUAAUGAACCACUCAGAGGCUACCUAUUAACGUACAUCAUCGCUUCCUGCUUCAUUCUCAUUGCCGAGUUGAACACCAUUGCUCCCAUCAUCUCUAACUUCUUCCUGUGCUCAUACGCUCUGAUCAACUUCAGCUGCUUCCAUGCCUCAAUCACCAACUCACCAGGUUGGCGUCCGUCAUUCAGGUUCUACAGUAAGUGGCUGUCGUUGCUGUGUGCUGUGUGUAGCGUGAUUAUCAUGUUCCUGCUGACUUGGUGGGCGGCCCUCAUUGCCUUUGGCGUUGUCUUCGUCCUUUUGGGAUAUACACUCUACAAGAAACCUGCUGUAAACUGGGGCUCUUCAGUGCAGGCGAGCUCCUACAACAUCGCUUUAAACCAGUGUGUAGGUCUCAACCAUGUGGAGGACCAUGUCAAGAAUUACAGACCCCAGUGUUUGGUGCUAACAGGUCCUCCCAGCAGUCGCCCAGCUCUGGUGGAUCUCGUCGCCUGUUUCACAAAGGGUCUCAGUCUCAUGAUGUGUUGCAAUGUAGUCACUGUGAGUCCAACCCAACAUGCACAUACAUACACACCACCCAUGGAAAAGGCAAGCAGCGACCGUCAUGUUACCUGGUUGAACCAACGGAAGGUCAGGUCAUUCUACAGAGGUGUUGUGGCUACAGACCUAGGAUCAGGAGUUAACAUGCUGCUACAGGCGGCAGGUUUGGGACGUAUUAGGCCAAAUGUUCUUCUGAUGGGUUUCAAGAAAGACUGUCGCAGUGACACACCUCAGGCUGCAUACAACUACAUAGGAAUACUGCAUGAUGCAUUUGACCUACAGUACGGCGUUUGCAUUCUGAGAAUGAAGGAGGGACUGGAUGUCUCUCAUACCUGUCAAUCACAUGUUAAUCCAGGCUAUGAUGGAGGACAAGAGACUUCUAUCUCCAUUGAACCAGAGCCUCAGACUAGUACGGUGUUCCAGAAAAAACAAGAAAAAAAGACCAUUGAUGUGUACUGGCUGUCUGAUGAUGGAGGUCUGACCCUCCUGCUGCCAUACCUGCUGACUCGGAGGAAGCGCUGGGCCAGAUGUAAGGUCCGAGUGUUUGUGGGGGGAGAAACCGCCAAGAAGGAACAACAGAGAGAGGAGGUGUUGGCACUGAUCAAGAAGUUCCGUCUUGGUUUCCAUGACGUUGAAGUGCUUACUGACAUCUACCAGAACCCCAAGCCUGAAAAUGUUCGUCAUUUUGAGAAUAUAGUGGGUCGCUUCAGGCUGGAUACAAGUCCCAAACAGGACUCUGAUUCAGAACCACCAAGACAGCAGGAGGAGCCGUGGAUGAUCACUGACCAGGAUUUAGAGAGGAACCAGGCCAAGUCUCUCCGUCAGAUUCGUCUAAAUGAGGUUCUGCAGGAUUACUCCAGAGACGCUGCUCUGAUUAUUAUCACCAUGCCGGUGGGGAGGAGAGGAGUGUGUCCCAAUACUCUCUACCUGUUGUGGCUGGAUGCCUUGUCACGCGAUUUGAGACCCCCAGUCCUGAUGGUCAGAGGAAACCAUGAAAAUGUCCUCACCUUCUACUGCCAAUGAAAUGGCUUCUCAAGACCAAUAUACAGAUACUGAAAUACAGCUUAUAAUUCACCAAUAUCCUGACAUCAAUCAUUUUGAUUCAGACAUAUCUAUGCCUUGAUGACUAUAGAUGACUAUUGAUGAUUAUUGAUGAUAGUUAACGUAUGUAAUUUGUAAUUACAAUGUUCUGGUCCUUUAAUUCAACAUAUUAACUUGCUGAGCUAUUUGUGAAGCUUUUAAUUCAACAUCUUAAUGAUGUACACAUUUUAGUAUUCUUGCAAACGUAAAUCACUAUAGGAAACAUAUUAAAACUAUUAAUUGUAAAGUCAAUUGUUUAUCAAAAUGAUUUGUAAUGUUCAACAUUUAUGUCCACAAAACCUGUUUUAUGUUCUUUCCUUAAAUUGAUGCACAAGAGUGAGUUAUUUUUGAGAGAGUGUGUGUGUAAAUGUAAAUGGAACUGUAUUUACAUAGCACUUUUCUAGUCUUAAC